AGCUCCACUGUUGUCUCUACUUGCAGCCGCGGGCUCUGUGUGGCUGCUUCUACCAUACUGCAGCGCAGCUGCUCCAAGCUGAGGUGCUGCUGCCAACACUUAAGGGCGAGUUCUGCCAGACCAUCCACACAAACCGACCUGGUCAGGUCCAGAAGCUUCUCAUACGCACCCUGCCGGGUUUACGUACCGACUUCAACAACGCCACCACAUGGGAGCCUGAAAACGGACAAAAAAUCUGAGGAAAAGUCAAAUUCAGGUCGCGACUGGUGAUCGACACAGCAACUACUUGGCGUCCACUGACCAACCCCCACCGACGACCAACGUCACGGCAGCUGUUGAAGUGUUUUUUUUUUUUUAUGUGCUCGAAAAGAGGAGGAGUCUAUCUGCGAGCGAAGCCAACAGUCCGACACCACAAUACACAGUUGUGGCACAACUUGGUUAUCCAACUGCAUGUUGGAGCCGGUAGGCUGCAGCUCCUCAGACACCACAUCCUAGGCGCAGCAUAUUACUGUCUCCGAAAGAACCGGACAGUGGCAGCAAGUGGAGGAGAGAAUCUGAGCCGGACGAAGACAGAGAAAGGAGAAAAUAAAACAAAAAAGCGGGAACAUCGUUGGAUAUCGCACACGGUGAGUUGAGCUUGCCAAAAAAUCUUGUGAGAACUCCAUGAUCAGCAACCUUUUGGCUUGAAGCAGGAAGCAAUGGAAGUUGUAACAGAGGAGAAGAAGAAGAUUUUCCGUGCUAGGAAAACCAUGAAAAUCAGUGAUCGUCUACAAUUGGAGAGCCUUCACAGCACUUUGCUGAGUUCAGCUCCGGGUUUGUCCAACCCGUCUCCGCCACCUUUGGUGAACGGCACGCAUAAAGACGAUGGACAAAAAGUGAGUGACAAAGAGCAAAACAACAUCUCUGACUCAAACUCCCCACCUGCGGCUUCACCAGUGUCUGCAACGUCUCUGAGUUCUCCCGCACCAUUCCUGUCCCUAAAUUUGUCAUCUUCCCCUGGCUCCUCACAAAGUCCCAAAGCACAAGAUGAAACUCCUUCUCCCAGUUCACCAUUCCAGUCUGUAUUCUUUGAUCUGAAAAAGAUGGAGGAUGAAGAAAAGAGAAGUUCUCCACCACUUGCAUCAAAUGAGCCUGGUAUGCCAGCAUCAGCUGAAUGUAAGGACCAACUGGAAAAGGACUCCAGUGUGGACAGCAACAAGGAGAAACCGACCAAGUUUUCAAGUGUGGAUUUAGAAAAGAGUUCUAGAGAAAGUUUGGCUGUGCCGCCUGCAGUGUCUGAAUCCGACCACACAGAACUAAUGGAUGCAGAAAGUGACACUUCAAAAACCGCUGACACGAUGGCCUCCACAUCCGAAACAAAAGACAGGAAGCCUUCUUCCCCCAAAAAACUUACUUCUGAUUCUUCCACAUCUCCUUCAACCUCUUCAGCUUCUGGGACGGAUAAAAAGCAAAAAAAUGAAAUCAAAGAUGUUGACUUACAGGAGGACGACAAAGCCAACGUGAAGAAAAGGUCAAAACACGAGGAGAAGAUGGAGGUGGGCUCUGUAAAAGUGGAGCUUCAGAAGGAUAAAAGUGAAGGCGGAGAGAAGCCAACUCGACCAUCAUCCACGCCACCUUCUAAUGCAGCACAAGAGAAGAGCUCGACCUCGGGACUUAAGCGUACUUUAUCAGAGGGACACGAGAACGAUGAACUGAUUGUGAAAAAAGAAGGGAAGAGGCCGAAGGUGGAACAUGAGGAGCUGGAGGCCCAACUGGAACUUAAAAUCACUGCAAAAGCUGGCAGUCAUCAUAAACUUGAAAAGAUUGUGCAACAGCUUGUGGACGAACGGUUGAAGAUGUUAGAACUGACUGUUUUUGAGAAGCAUUUUCAAGAACUGAAAGACAGAGUUGACAAAAUCAACUGUGCUACUAAACACCAAACCGCCAUUAACUCACUCCAAACCAAGAUAUCCCGAUUGGCAAAAAAGUUUGGAGAGGCUAAUCAGGCAUCUGAAAACAAAAGAAAACAAGAGGCGCUCGCUGCUGCUGCUGCUGCCGCCGCUGCUGCCACCAAAACUGCAGCUGUUACAAGCAGCCCUCAGGCUCAGCGGCCGAUCCGGACUUCCAUUGAAGUAAAGCAGACUCCAACAGUCUCUUCAUCCAGCACAGCUGUUGUUUCAGUCCCAGCGUCUCUGCCAGCCUCUGCUACAGUUUCAGCUCCAGUCCCAACGUCCACCUCCACUGCUGUGGUUCAACAGGGCUCUAUCCUCCAGCUUAUCCCCACCACCUCUAAUGCUGCUUCUACGUUGGCCACUGGCAUCACCACUCAGAGUCAACCUAGCACCCUGGUCCUGAAAACGGCUCCUGGGAGCAGCAUGAUGACUACAGGCCAGCCGCUCGUCAUUCAGCUGCCUCUGUCGGUGAAUGGUCAGACAGGGACACUGGUCAACUUCCCUGUCUCAUCUUUGUCUGCAGCCAGCUCACUGAACAAGGCCAAAACGACCCCCUCCACCACCACCUUUAUACUCAAGUCUCCUCCUACAACUAACACAGCAUCAGCUUCCACUGCAGCUGCUGCCACUCUCCCCACACUUCAGGCCUCCACUGGUCAGGUGCCCUCCACCCAGAUCUCUCUGGCCCGCGCUGUGUACCAAGGGGGUGCUGGUGGAAUAACUACACCCAAUGCUGGGGUGUCUGUGACUACAGCCAGGACACCAGUUCAGUCUGUCUCGGUUGUUGGCGCCAUGUCUUCAGCCUCUGCACCUGCAACCUCUGGGCCAGCAGCCACAGGUUCCACUGCUCCAGGACCCCCACAAGGGACGUCUCUUACAUCAAAGACAGACAAUCAAUCUUCUGGAAGCAAUCCAUCCAAAACUGUUGGACCCGUUGCACGACCCAAAGGAUCUGUCAUUGAUCUCACUGAGGAUGAUGAUGAUGUGCAAGUGACGGGAGUGAAGAGCGCCACUGCUGCAACUCCUUCAUCAGCCCCACGCUCCAACCCAGUCAUCAGCAUUCCCAACAAUGCAGGAGCCCGGUCAUCCCCUAAAAGCAAUCAGAACUCCUCCAGCAAUCCUCAGAUAACAGUACACCAUCGCCCCCCACUGGACCCUCCUCCAAAAUCCCGCACCGUAACCACUACAACACCAGCUCGGAGCACAGGUGUGACUCUCCCUCCUCUCCCCGUUGCCCCUGUACCGUCGCGUUUACCCCCUGAGGCUGAACGGUCCUCGCCUCCUCAGCAACUUCAGCUGAAGCUGGUGCCAGGCCAGACUGGAAUAGUGCUGUCCUGGAGUGUGGCAGAAACUGAUCGGACCUGCGCGCCUGUAGACAGCUAUCACCUUUAUGCCUUCCAUCAAGAUAACUCAAGCAGCAAUGCGGCUCAGCAGCACUGGAAGAAGAUUGGAGAGGUGAACGCCCUUCCUCUGCCUAUGGCCUGUACCCUGACCCAGUUCCAGUCCGGCUCCACAUACCAUUUUGCUGUCCGAGCCAAAGACAUUCAUGGGCGCUUUGGCGCCUUUUGUGAACCUCAGUGCACAAAUGUUAUCAACUCCAACUCUAGCUAAACCUUUACGGAACAAAGACAUUUUUUUUUUGCCUUUGAAAGUCCAUGGUUUCUUUUACUUUUUUCCGUUAAGCGCAAAUGUUCUAUACUAGUAUCUGUAAAUAAAUCUACACAUAAGAACUGGACUACUGACUUGGAGAUUUGAAGCAGCUGGUUUUGUCUGGUUCAUUGUAUUUCAUAUUCUUUUGUGACUUAUGCUGUUGGGUAUAUCACCAAUUUUUUUUUUUUGAUUUUUUUUUUUUUUUGAGGACAGGUUGACAGGAUUACUCAUGUAAAUUUGGUUGCACAACAAUGUAUACUUGUGUGGUAGAAACAGAAUGAUAACUUUUGUAAGUUCUGUCUGGCAACCAGACUUUGACAAACGUAAUAAAAAUGUUUUAUUAAA